AUGUUAUGGGAUAGAUGUAACUUGCCUGGGAUUAGUGGGAUUUUGUUGGAUCUUAUUCAGGCUAUGGCCUCUCCUUUCAAAGGUCAGUCUGUAUUCUCCUUGGUAGCUAAACUUAUGCUUGCAGCUGCUGUCUAUGCAAUCUGGCAUUUCUUUCAUGCCAGGAUGUACCAGGGUAAGAUUAGAGAUUUCCCUCUUGUGAAGCAAGUCGAUUUUCCUACUUCUCCGAUCAGUACCACUGUCACCUCCAUUCUUCCUAUGCCUCUCAUGCUACUAAUUAGUUCAUCUUCUUCUGCACCUACCACGGACUCGUCAGUUGAUCUCUCCUCAGAGCCCUCAUUAUCUUCUCCAUCUGAUUCAUCUGCUGGCAAUCAUACUUCUCCUGCUUCAGCAAACUCACCAGUGGACCAGCCUCCCCUUUCUACACAUUCUCUAGUGGGUUCUCCUUCAGUUCAGACUUGA